AUGUCUAGUCACGUCAAGGUAAUCUUUCAAAAAAAAAAUUUUUUUAGUCCCCCAUAUUUUGGUUGUCCAUCUAUAGGAGAGUUGGAGAAUGCAAUUUCAGAAUUGGAAGACAGCAACCGUAAUUUGGCCAUCAUAAAAGUGGAGAUAGAUCUGGCAAAAGGAGCAUCUUUUCCUGUCCUAAAUCGACAAAACAAGCAUGUCAUCACUGAUGAGACCAGAGACAAACAAGAUGAUUUGCAAGAGAUGGAGUUGGCAUUGAAGGAGUUAUUGAACCAAUCCUCUUCUCGACUACAGGAACUCAAACAUCUUCAUGAAGAUAGGAUAAAGAUAUUGAGACAGUUAUCAAAUUUGCAGAACAAUCUGAAGAAUGUGAAGGGAAUUUGUUCUUCUCGACCAUAUCUCCUACUUAAAGAUCAACUUGCAAAGUCGAAAGCAGAUGUAGUUCAAUAUCAAGCUCUUUAUGAGAAACUACAGGUUCAGAAAGACAGGCUUGCUUGGCGGGAAAAAGAAAUUCACAUGAAAAAUGAAUUGGCUGAUGUUUUAUGUCAAUCUUCGAUGGUGGCCAAGUCUAGAAUAGCUAAUCUGGAAACAGAGAUAAAAAAAUGCAUCGAAGAAAAAAGGGUUAUUGAAGCCAAUCUGGAAGAAGCAUCUAGAGAUCCUGGUAGGAAAGAAAUCAUUGCGGAGUUCAAAGCUUUAGUUUCUUCAUUUCCUGAGAAAAUGGGUAACAUGCAGAAUCAGUUGCUUCAACACAAGGAGACUGCUUCUCACAUUCAUUGUUUGUGCGCUGAUGUUCAAUCUGUUACCGACAUUCUCGAUGGCAAGGUUAAGGAAUUCGACUUUUCGUCCUCCAGAUCUGCUCAGCAAAAUGCUGAAAAACAGAAAUUACAAGCUGUGCUCCAUGAUUUAAAGGAAGCUGAUUCAGACUUGAAGCUUUUUUUGGAAAUGUAUAGACGUGAAUCGACUGAUUCAAGGGAAGUUGGUGAAGCCAGAAGUUCUGAGAUCAAGGCAUGGGCACACGUUCAGAGCCUGAAGACUUCUCUUGAUGAACACAAUUUGGAGUUGCGAGUUAAAGCUGCCAUUGAAGCUGAGGCAAAAGCCCAGCAAAGGUUAGCCGCUAGAGAAGCUGAGAUUGCUGAUCUGAGACAGAAGUUAGUGGCCUCUAGAAGGGAAAAAUCCGGGCUUUCUGAUGUCCUAAACUCCAAACAAGAGGAAACUGAGGCCUAUCUUUCUGAGAUUGAGACCAUUGGACAGGCAUAUGAUGAUAUGCAGACUCAAAACCAAAAACUUUUGCAGGAAAUCAGCGAAAGGGAUGACUAUAACAUGAAGCUUGUUUCUGAGGGGGUGCAAUCAAGGCAGAUGGGAGAUGAUCUACUUAUGGAAAAGCGUUCCCUGGAGAGAGCCAUACAACAAACCAAGACAUCUGUUGAUUUUUAUGACACUAAAGCCCCUAGAAUUGAAGAUCAGUUGAAAGUGUGCUUGGAUCAAAUUCAGAGACUCAAAGAAGAUAGGGUCCAAAAGAUAGCUACUUCAGAAAAUACCCAAAAGAGAUGGUUAGAUGUGAGAAAGUCCUUGCAGCAAUUGAUUGACACUCUUGAAGAAGCACAAGACAAGGUUGACAUGGGUCGAGUGGAUCUUGCUGAGAUGCAGAUAUUCCUAGAGAAAGAGAGGUUUGAGAGAAAGAGAGUAGAAGAAGAUCUAGAAACUUUGAAAAGGAAAGCUGAACAAUUGAAGUCACUUGCUGACGGUUCAUCUGAAGCUGAAAAGCUUAAGCAGGAACUCGGGGAAUACAAGGAAAUACUUAAGUGCAGUGUUUGCCUUGAUAAGAGAAAAGAGGUGGUUAUCACAAAGUGCUUCCAUCUGUUUUGCAAUCCUUGUGUAAAAGGAAUUCUUGAAACGCGUCACCGUAAGUGCCCAGUAUGUUCAGCAAGUUUUGGGCCUAACGACGUCAAACCUGUAUACAUCUAACGGGGCAUUGGAGCCUGGCAGUGAUACUGCACUGCCUCAGAUGCGUUUCAACUCAGGUAGCUGCCCUAGUGGAUAAUGUUCACAUGUAUUUAAGUACUUAGAUAUGCUGAGACAUAGCAGGAAUUUCUAUAAGCUCCUUUUCUAUCAUUGCAAAUCAGCUUGGGAUUACAAGGCUUCGGUUUAGAUCAUUGGUUUGACAUUUCUCUUCAUGUUUUCUAUGGUGUCUAUAUUUACUGCUCAAGUGUUUAGAUACUUUUAACUUGUUACUUCUCAGUGUUAGGCAUGAAGUUUUGGGGGACCAUUUCAUUAAUAAAAAAUUCGACCCUAAGCCCCAUAGAAGUUAAGAUUUCUGGCCUUCGUGUGAGGGAGGACAUUUCCAGACCUAAGGAGCAUUAAUUGAUUUUGGCGCCACAGUUUUAGAUGCCUUUGUGUACAGAAAUAUUUUCAUAUGAAUGUUUUUUGAUUGUUUUUAGUGUGAUAGAUGAUUGAAAUGUAACUUGGGAUUCUUAAUAUAUAUAUUCCCAUUACAUGAGAUAGUAAUUA